UUAGCCGUUAGCCGUUAGCAUUGAUUGCAGAAGGACGAGACGAGAUGUCACCUGUUAACAUUUCACGUUGUUAAAGCAUCUUUUUCCUCUUAAAAGUUAAUUUAAACGAUUAAUUAACUGGUUUCCAGUUGACCUGAAUCUAAAGAUGUCUCAUAAACCUCUGCAGCCUCUGGCCAAGACGCUGAUAAAGGCCGUGAUCGCUCUGGAGAUGGUCGGCGUGUUCGGGGUGUACGCUUUGUUUUUCAAGAUGAAAGACAGUCAAGAUUUCCGCGGCACCAUGAACAGGAGGUUCCCAUCGAUUCUAGAAGUUUACUACCAGUCCAACGAGUGGGCGGGAAUCUACGGCAUCCGAGAGCGAGACCGGGAGGCGUGGGCGUCCAAGCAGGACUGAACCGCAUGAUGUCAUCAGCAUCAUCAUCAGCAUCAUCAGCGUCUACUUCUUCUUCUUCCUCUUGUUGCUGUUGAACGUGCGGCCGAACGGCUUCUUCUUGGUGAACGCGCUUUUCUUCCUCCGCAGCGUCUUGACGUCGCGGCCGUGGAUCCAGUCGUCACGUUGAGCUUCCCACUUCAGCUGCUUCACAGCUGGAGACAAAACAACAAAACAGCAAUGAGACGACGUCCAAACGUCCACAUCUGAGUCAACGUACGGGAAGUUUAACGGUUAAAACUUUUAAACGCUCUAAUCUGAGACUUUGAUGAUUUUCCUUCUUUAGAUGUGAAGGAAUGUGAAGCUGUGGAGGUUUAUUUUUUUCUUUAUAUAAUAAUAAUAACACUUUCUUAUUAUUAGACUGUGGUUCAUACAUGUGAACUAAAUAUGGACAAAUGUGUGAAGAUUAAAUAAAGUAUCAGGAAAAAGUCUUUAAAUAAUUUUAAAUCUCCACAGUCUAAAAAAACAGGUUUUAAUAAGUGGCGUAAAUCGUUAUUAUUAAAUUAGACCUGAGGACGUUCAAGUCUUUUUGUUAUUUUUCUUUAAAGCUGGUGACGUUUCUGUUAUUUGGUCUAAUCCGCCGCCUGCUGUAAUGAAGUGUUUCUAAAGAGGAAAGACGAGUCGACUCAUGUUGUUGUUCUGUUUUAUAUUUUAGUGACUGAUUUUCUCUCUGGAGACGUUUUUAAUGCUGCUGGUAUCCAGUCAAUGAAUAAAUAAAUAAAUAAAU